AUGUUCACGAAUGUUGCAUGCUUGGCCGUGCAGUUGCUGAACGUCCAUGGUCUCAAUGUCUUUGACCUGGGCUCUUCAUCAUCUUCAUCAUCACCAUCAUCGUCAUCAUCGGAAGGCCGUAUCAGAAUUAGCCUGUCGGACUUAAUGAGAGACAGCAGCAGCAGCAGCAGCAGCAGUAGUGACAGUAGUAGCGAGGGUAUGAAAAGCACCAGUACCGAUCCUCAUUGCAGCCUGUGUGGCAGUAUUUUAAGUAGUGACGACAGCAGCAGCAGCAGCAGUAGCAGCGAAGGACAUGAUUGCGAUACUAAUGACGGCGGGACGGGCGAUAAUGGCGGUGAUGGUGGUGCUGGUGGUGCUGAUGGUGCUGGAGGUGUUGACGGUGGGAACGGCGGCAGUGGCGGACAGCAUUCUGGCCCUGCUCAUGUCGGCGGCGACUGUUCCGGGUGCGGAAGCUGCUUCGACCCGCAUGCUAUCUGUAAGGAGUACGGCUGUUUCAACAUCUGUAUGUGUGAGCCGGGUUACGCGUUUGUCAAGAACGGAGCCUUUCAAUGUGGACAGUGUCUUCCAGAGUGUUCCUGCGAGGAUGGUCAGGAGUGCGUAAAUGGAGAAUGCGUUCCCGAGUGCGUCGGAUGUGAAGUGCGCAUGCCCGGAGGCGAAUGCGUGGAACUUCUUUACGGAGACGACUGCACGCUGUUCCCUGACGGUUGUUGCCGUGACGAUCUCGCAUGCAUGAGUGGCAUAUGCGAAUGUGUGAACGCGGGUCUCCAAAACGACGAGGAUGAAGACAAGUGUUUGGGUGAUGACCUCGGUGAGCCUUGCGAUGAUAAUGAUGAAACCGACCUAUGCACAAUCAAAAACAAUCGUACCGUGUGUGUCAGUGACGGGGAUGGCAACCCGGUGUGUAGCUGCUCUGAACAAUUCUUUGUAGAAAACGGCAUCUGUGAGUGUUCAUGUGACGAUGGAGAUAGUUGCCCUUGCGCCAAUGGUCAGGAGUGUAUAAAUGGAGAAUGCGUUCCCGAGUGCGUCGGAUGUGAAGUGCGCAUGCCCGGAGGCGAAUGCGUGGAACUCGGUCACGGAGACGACUGCACGCUGUUCCCUGACGGUUGUUGCCGUGACGAUCUCGCAUGCAUGAGUGACAAAUGCGAAUGUGUGAACGCGGGUCUCCAAAACGACGAGGAUGAAGACAAGUGUUUGGGUGAUGACCUCGGUGAGCCUUGCGACGAUGAUGAUGAUGAACCCGACCUAUGCACAAUCAAAAACAGUCUUACCGAAUGUGUCAGUAACGGGGAUGGCAACCCGGUGUGUAGCUGCUCCCAACAAUACACUCUAAAAGACGGCAUCUGUGAGUGCUUAUGCUCCUCGGGAGGUAUCUGUGCAUGCGACGAAGGUCUGGAGUGCGUACAGGACAAUUGCGUUCCCGAAUGCGGCCGAUGUGAAGAGCGCGUGUCCGGAGUUUGUAGUCCACAAUGUAACGAUUCGCAAGUGUGCAAUGAAAAUGAACAGUGUGUAACUCCACUGGCACUAGGCGAUGAAUGUACGGGUACAGGAAGUGCGAAUGCGUGUAUGAGGGAUGAUGGGAUCAAAUGUAGAAGUGGUGACUGUUGUGGAAAUGCAAAUGGAAAUCCUGAUUAUCCAUGCAAUGUGAAGUACUGUGUGUGUGAGACGGAAUGGGGAUACAAGCUAAACGCGUCCCAAACCGGGUGUGAGUUAACUGGAAAUCCAGUAGUACCGAAAGGAAAUUGCGAGGACAUGCUUUACGUCUAA